AUGGGCCUCUUCGACGACGGUCGCUCCUACAGCGCACCAGACGGUUUCCUCGGCGUGUCGCGAAGCACACAUGGCAGCCACAGUCGUGGUGUCUCACCAGCGCGUAGCGUUGGGGGACGAUCGACCAAGUCACAAGGGUACUUUGUGAAACCUUCCGCGAAUUCCCAUUACUCUUCCUCGCGACCUGGAUACGCUCGCAGUGCCAGUGGGGGUUUUUUCGGCGGAGGCUCGAAGAAUUAUGGGUAUGGUGGUGGAAGCAGAGGCAUAUUUGGGGGCGGCGGAGGGUCCUCGUACUACAAGAGACGGCCUAGAGAUGGAUAUAUCCAGUUCCUCGUACACAAGCUGCAGAGGAUGAUCAAGGACUUGUGGUACUAUGCCAGGCGGCACCCUGUCAAGGCAUUCUUCGCCGUGAUUGUGCCAUUGCUAAGCGCAGGAGGUGCUAUCCAUGGACUGCUGAGACAGUUUGGCAUCAGGAUGCCAUUUGGCCUCGAUGGUGCGACGAGGCACGGUGGAGGUGGAUACUAUGGCUCGAGCGGAUACAGCAGCCGAGGCGGAGGAGGGUUGAUGGACCAAUUUGGCGGCAUGAGCGGAGUCAUGGGAAUCGCUCGAGCUUUUAUGUGA